GUCAGUGCGUAUUGGCAUAGCAUGGUGCUUAUGUAAUACAGCGUGAUGUCUUUCGUGCGCACGGCAAAGGCAGUACUACCCGUUGCAUUGUUGGUAUGUUAGACCAUUGCUCGAUAUCGCACAGAGGUGGUGUUGUCCUCUGGUCGCGCUCCUUCACGCCGGAGGCGUCCCACGUUGCCUCGUCCGCUUCUUCGCCAGUUAAUUCACUCAUACGCGAAGCGCUGAUAGAAGGGCGAACUGCAGAGCAGAAAUUUGAAAAGGAUGGAUACGCUGUCAAGUGGACAUUUUUCAAUGAUCUCGAGUUGAUCUUCGUGGUCGCCUACCAGCGAAUUCUGCAGCUCACGUAUGUCGACGAUCUCUUGACAGCAAUCAAAGCCCUUUUCAUCAAGCUCUUCGAACCAUUUCUGGCCACUUUCGUUGCCUCUUUGCAUGCCAUAAAUACUGGGAAGUCUGCACCCCCCUCGAAAAACGGCAAUACAUCGUGGAAUUUUCCAAAGGCGUUUGACGGGUGGGAUGGCGUAUUCGACAAAUUGCUCAAGGGCUUCGAAGAUAAGGCUGCUCAGGAGCGCAAGUCGAGAUUCAGGCCGCAGGCUCGUUCAGAUCAGGUUGAGUCUGGGUCUCCUUCUGACGACGAUAGUACUGUGCCAACGGAGUCCCCAGACAUUACUCGGGACGAGCAACAGAUAGCGAGAAACGUUCAGGCACUGAAGACCAGAUUGCGCGGACGAGGGGGAAGACAAGGAGGUCGUGCCGCGUCGCGUGUGGAUUCGGGAACCUGUGAACCAGUUUCUGAAAAUGAAUCGAGCAAACGCAAAAAUAAAACCAAAACUCGGCGAAAAUGGGGUGACGAGGUUCCCACCGAGUCGGAUAUGGCGAGUCUUGACUUCAGUCUCGACAAGUCUGACGCCAGCGUGAAUGGUCGGUUGACGAAUGAUUUGAAGAGUCUCGUCGACUCAGCGUCUUUGGGCACUCGGAACAAAGAUGGUCUUUACGAAGUGCAGGACUGGGACUUCGGCAACAAGGGUGAUGCAUCGGUCAUUGCGAAAGCUUUGAACCAGGAAGCUACACAACAGUCCACCAGCUCUCUGGGAGUUCUUGGUUCCCUAUUCGCACGUUUGACGGGGUCCAAGGUAUUGACCGAACAGGAUCUGAAACCGCAUCUCAUGAAGAAAAACGUCGCCAAGGAAAUUGCCGACAAAGUAUGUGAGGGUGUUGGUGAAGGCCUCGUCGGGAGGAAAGUUGGCGGGUUCCAAACUACCAGCAACACCGUCCGCUCUGCGCUAUCGGCUUCGCUAACUAGGAUCCUCACACCGAAGACAUCUACUGAUUUAUUGUUGUCCAUUCGGACGAAAUUAUCUUCUCCCUCGCAGAAGAGGGUACCAUACACCGUCACUUUCGUUGGCGUGAACGGUGUGGGUAAGAGUACUAAUCUGUCCAAAGUCUGUUUCUGGUUAAUCCAGAACAAUCUCCGGGUCCUCAUUGCUGCGUGUGACACCUUCAGGAGUGGUGCCGUUGAGCAGUUGCGCGUCCAUGUACGCAACUUAGGUAUGCUUGGCGUUGACGGCGCGACCAAUAGCAAAGGUCGCGUUGAGUUGUUCGAGAGGGGGUAUGGAAAGGACGCUGCGGCUAUUGCCAAGGAAGCCAUUGGAUAUGCAAACGAGAAUGGCUUCGACGUGGUUCUGAUCGAUACAGCAGGUCGCAUGCAAGACAACGAGCCGUUAAUGAGGGCUUUGGCCAAGCUUGUCACAGUGAACAACCCCGAUAAGGUCAUCUUCGUGGGCGAGGCGUUGGUCGGCAACGAGGCAGUAGACCAGCUCACGAAAUUCGACCGCGCCUUGCGCGAUUUCUCGUCUGCUUCGUCAGGGAAAAGUCGUGGGAUCGACGGCAUGCUUGUGACGAAAUGGGAUACUGUAGAUGACAAGGUUGGUGCCGCUCUUUCCAUGACGUACGUGACGGGUCAGCCGAUCAUCUUCGUUGGAUGCGGACAGACAUACACGGACUUGAGGCAGCUGAGAGUGGACAACGUGGUCCAGGCGAUACUGAGUGAUUAGAUUUUUGCUUGCUAUCAAGUCCUGUUACGAUCUCAAAAUACAUACUUAUAUGCCACUUGGGCACGCUCCUUCCGAGGUUCCCGCUAUUUGUAACAUACUAGAUGCUAUGAUUCGGCCCAAACGCUUGUCUGAGUCUCCGUAGGAAGUGUCAUGUACAUCUAUAACCAUGGAACGCACAUCAGACUUCAUUAACUUU